AUGACAUUUAUUCACCGUGCAGCGUCUCGGUUUAUAAACAGAAGGCCAACUUUUGGCAACUUCGUUACUAGAAAUGUGUUGAGAACUACUGGAACUCGCGGCCGUAGUUAUGCGACCGAGUCGAAAAAUUAUGGAUCCAUUCAAUCUGUUAUCGGUGCUGUAGUUGAUGUUCAAUUUGACGAAAAGAAUUUACCGCCCAUUUUAAACUCCUUGGAGGUUGAAAAAGAGGGUAGUCGUCUCGUACUUGAGGUAGCGCAACAUUUGGGACAGAAUGUUGUACGAACCAUAGCUAUGGAUGGGACAGAAGGUCUGGUCCGUGGUCAAAAAGUAUUAGACACAGGUGCACCAAUUCAAAUUCCCGUUGGUCCAGGAUGUUUGGGUCGCAUUAUCAACGUCAUUGGGGAACCAAUUGAUGAACGAGGUCCAAUUAAAACCACGAAGUAUGCUCAAAUUCAUGCCGAAGCACCCGAAUUCGUUGACCAGUCUACUGUUCCAGAAGUUUUAGAAACUGGUAUAAAAGUCGUCGAUUUGCUUGCACCUUAUGCCAGAGGAGGGAAAAUCGGUCUUUUUGGUGGUGCCGGAGUGGGCAAAACUGUGCUGAUCCAAGAACUUAUUAACAACAUUGCCAAAGCUCAUGGUGGUUAUUCCGUUUUUACCGGUGUUGGCGAGAGGACCCGCGAAGGAAAUGAUUUGUAUCACGAGAUGAUUCAAACUGGUGUAAUUAAACUCGACGGUGACUCAAAGGCAGCUCUUUUGCACUUACUGGACUUACAAUUGCUGAAUACUUCCGUGAUGAAGAAGGACAGGAUGUGUUGCUCUUUAUUGAUAAUAUUUUCCGUUUCACCCAAGCUGGUUCAGAGGUAUCUGCUUUAUUGGGUCGUAUUCCUUCCGCCGUAG